AUGCCUCCAAAGCGCAUGACAGCAAACCCUAUAAAGCCGUCUCGUCAUCGAGCCGGCAAGGUCACCGGCGCAGAAUCCUCCUCAGACUCAGAUGCCAGCGACGCAGAGGAGCCCGUCGAGCCCGUCGCAGUGCCUCCGCCCCCGAAAGCCACCAGCGCCGGCAAAAUCAUCAGCAACCUGAAUAAAGUCGAUCUUGCUUCUCGGCGUAAAGAUGCAGAGGCUGCGGAAGCGCGUCGGAUUGCCGCGGAAAGGGCAGAAAGGCUAGCGGCAGAGGAAGGGUUCGUUACAGAAGAAGAAGAGGAAGAGGAGGGCGAAGAUGAAGAAGAUGAGAGCGGGUCAGAAGAGGAAGAGGAGGAUGAGAGCAGUAGCGAAGAGGAGGCACCCAGGAGAUUAAUGAUGAGACCGAAAUUCAUACCCAAAAGCCAACGAGGCGCCGCAAAGAGUGGCGACAAGGAAGACGAAGAUGCGAGACUACAGGCCGAAGAAGAAGCCCGGAAAAAGGCUGCCGACGAGCUCGUCGAAGAGCAAAUAAAAAAGGAUUUAGCCGCGCGCGCCGCCGGGAAGAAGCACUGGGACGAUGAAGAAAACGAGGAAUCAGAUGUCGACACAACCGACGGACUAGACCCGGAAGCCGAAGAAGCAGCCUGGCGAGUGCGCGAGCUGAAGCGCCUCAAGCGCACGCGCCAGGCCAUUGAGGAGCGAGAAAAGGAACUCGCAGAAGUCGAACGGCGCCGCAACCUCACGGAGGAAGAACGCGCCGCCGAGGACGAAGCCUUUCUCGCGAAGCAGAAGGAGGAGAAGGAGGGCAAGGGCAAGAUGUCGUAUAUGCAAAAGUAUUACCACAAGGGAGCCUUUUUCCAGGAAGAAACUGCCGCUGCGGGCCUGCUGCAGCGGGAUAUCAUGGGAGGGCGUAUACAGGACGAUGUGCGCAAUCGUGAGGCGCUUCCGGAGUAUCUGCAGAGGCGGGACAUGACCAAGUUGGGCAAGAAGGGAGCUACAAAGUAUAAAGAUAUGCGCAGCGAGGAUACUGGUGCCUGGGGAUCGUUUGGAAGAGGGGAUAAGAGAAGAGAUGACCGGAAUUUUGACGGCGAUGAUCGAUUUCGACCAGAUGAUGACCGCUUCAGAUCGGAUGGCGAUGGAGUCAAGGGAGCGAAUGCAAUUCCACUGGGUGAUCGCAGGGAAAGCAGGCGACAAGACGUGGACAGAAGAGGCGACGAUCGAGAUAGGCGGGAUAGGAGAGAUAGGUCCGACGAUAGAAGAGACCGGGGAGACAGCUACCGUCGUCGAGAAUACUCACGGUCUCGGUCACCAAGGAGGGACAGAGAGCGUGAUCGCGAUCGCGAUCGCGAUUAUGACAGAGACGAUCAUAGGAGCCGCCGGAAGAGGAGCACGUCUCGUGAAAGAGAUCGUUAUGAUAGUGAUAAGAGACGCAAGGUUGAUGCCCGGGAGUAG